AUGUACGAAGGGAUUGACAAUCUGAAAUCCCUUUACGACCGUGCCGGGAAGACUUUCUCCGGCGGUCCUUCUGCGGCACAGGAUGUGGCGCGUCGUACUGCUCAACCAGACCCAGUACGUCAAUCAUCAGUUGGGAGCGGGUCUCCCAAGUAUCCCAGGACGGGGGAUAGCCGCGCCACCGGACGAGAUAACUCGUCCGACGUCCGUUCACGUCGCGGUGGUUCAACAGCUGCUCAACUAGAUAGCGCUGGCCACCGCGAGAGUCCUCUAAUGGAGGUGGAGGAGGAGGGAAAACGCUCUCCACACGAUCGUGGGGAUCCGUGUGUUCCCGAGAGCUUCUUUGAUCGCGUAACGCAAGGGUUACGUAACGAUCUCGAACAUGAGCGGGACUGGCGUCUCCAACUGGCGGACACUGUCUCGAAGCAUCGAGCUGAGUUGAAUUUGCUCAGCUUGAGAACGAGAGAGCUCUGA